AGCUGCCCUGCGAACCACAGGAACCGCCUUGCUGCGUGCAGGCUCGCAGGCGUCCGCAACCGCCGCAUGAUUGGCGGUCAAGCGCGGGGCUGUUGGCACCCCAGCUGUCGUGUCAGACCACAUCACCUGCACCAGCGUCCGCCCCGCCCCACCCCGCGCCUUCGUCUCCGCCACGAGUCGUUUCCGCGCCGCCCGCCCCCCUCUCCCACCCGCCACCAGAGACCGUACCUCAACCUGACCAAGAAGAUGGAGUCAGAUUACGCCGAGCCCAUACCGUACGGGAUUACCUUAAGAGAGAGACGAAGACUUUUUUCGGUAUGCAGAAGGAUAAUGAAAGGGAACAAAGGCGGCUUUGGAAUGAUAGAAGACGGAGGCACGCGUCGAGAGCGUUCGGCGGGCUUCGAGUUGAUAUGUCAGCGGAUCAUCAUCCUGAUGACGAUGAUAUUAGUAUGUAUGGAGCGUCGGGUGCAGCACCUAGAGAGGCUCGGGGGCGGGUGCGAGAGCGACCCGACGUGUUGCCCGCGCCGGCUUCGCUCGACGAGCCCUCGACGCCCAUCCGGCCACUUCCUGGCAAGGAUAGCGUUGCUCGGCUCACACUCACUGGCAUUUCUUAUGUUGUUACUGCGGUGACAAGGCGAUCUAGGCAGUCAAUCUCAGCGCAAUGGUCGCGAUCAUUCCGUGGCAGCGCGACCACACCGCACGAUGAUGCUGAUUGCGACGACGUUUUCUUCGAAGCAUCACUGCCACUCAGUCAGCAGCAACAACAUGAGGAUGUUGAUGUUACUGAUGGACCUAAAGGGGCACUUCCCAGAUCUAUGCGCAGUGCCUCUGGUGGCGUGCGAAUAAACACACCCAUAUUGGGAUCAAUGGCUGACAACUCAAAUCGGAGACAGUUUGGUCUCAGCGCUGUUGGCAAAUUAAUUGGGUUAUCCCUUCGACCGGUAUCUGAUGCAAACGUGACGCGGCAUUUCGACGAGUACAAAGAUUACCGGCCGUACUUCACGUGGUGGGUCAGUACAGCCCAGACCCUGGUGCUGCUGCUGUCAAUACUUUGUUACGGUUUCGGACCUGUAGGAUUUGGGCGACACACGCACUCCGGGCAGGUGCUUGUGAAAACAUUGAGUUUGCAACAGGUGGAAUGGGAAGAGCCAGCGUCGUUUUGGUUAGGCCCUCGCGCUGCAGACUUAAUACAUUUAGGUGCCAAAUUCGCGCCAUGCAUGAGAAGAGACGCGAGGAUAGCUCGAGCGAUCGCUGCACUCGCGAGAAGAGAGCGAGAUACGGCCUGUUGCAUACGAAAUGAUGAUUCGGGGUGCGUGCAGUCCUCAAAAGCAGAUUGUUCGAUAAGAGGAUUAAUAACAAAAAACACAAUAGAAACGUGGAAGAAAUGGUCGACGGGUAACGGGCCCGGAGGUCGGAUAUCAGGGUCAGUUUGUGGAUUAGAUCCCAAAUUCUGCGAAGCGCCGCGUUCAAUAGCACCACACGAGUGGCCUGAUGACAUUACAAAAUGGCCAAUAUGCCGGAAGUCCGUGUUGGAUGGAUCGGCAGCGGCAGGACGUGCUGGUCACGCCGCCGAACAUAUGGCCUGUGAAGUCAUCGGCCAUCCGUGUUGUAUAGGCAUUCAUGGCAAAUGCGUUAUAACCACUAGGGAACACUGCGAUUUUGUUAAGGGUUACUUUCAUGAGGAAGCCUCUUUGUGUUCACAGGUAUCGUGCCUCGACGACGUUUGCGGCAUGUUACCUUUUAUGCGAAGACGGCGUCCAGACCAGAUAUAUCGCGCGGCGACCUCACUCUUCGUUCAUGCUGGCCUUCUUCAUUUAGCCAUGACGUUGGCACUACAGUGGCUCUUCAUGAGAGAUCUAGAAAAAAUGGCUGGUCCAGUUAGAAUAGCGUUCAUUUACUUGGGAAGUGGUAUAGCUGGAAACAUGGCCUCGGCUAUUUUCGAGCCAUAUAGAGCCGAGGUGGGUCCAGCUGGGUCGCAUUUCGGUCUACUAGCGUGUCUAAUAGUAGAAGUAAUAGCGGCACGCCACAAACUGAAACAUCCACAGUGCGCGCUCAUGAAAAUGCUCGCGAUAGCUCUAGUGCUGUUCCUGACAGGUUUCCUGCCGUGGAUUGACAAUUUUGCGCAAGUGUUUGGUUUCUUAUUCGGUUUUCUAAUCUCAUACGCCAUGUUGCCGUUCUUAUCCGACGAAAGAAAGAAAAGGGAGGACGAGGAGGAAAGGUGCGAGCGGCGGAAGAGGAAAUUUCUGAUAGUGGUGUGUUUAGUUUCUGCGAUAGGGAUGAUCUGCGCGCUGGUUGCGUUGUUUUACGCAGCGCCGGCGUAUGAGUGCGCAGCGUGUGCGUACUUCACGUGUUUGCCGUUCGCUCCGGACAUGUGCGCGUCCCAGGAUGUGCGAGUGAGACAGCUGGACGGGGUAUGACGGCGCGCGG